GAGGCGGGGGCCCAUGUGGCCGGCGUGCUGCGCCGUUCCGUUCCGUGCCCGCCCGCCGGCAGGCUGGGCCGGAGCAUGUGCAGCUGCGGCAGGCACCUGGCAGGGAGCCGCAGCGCCGGGGAUGUGAACCAGGCGGGGAGGAAAGGCCCUUGACUCAUCAGAUAAAUCCAGCCCCGCACGGUAGAGCGAAGGCGGAGGAGGCGGCGGCAGCGAGCAGGGGAGGAUGGCGGGGGACAGCGAGCAGAGGCUGGAGGAGCAGGGGCAGCCCAGCGGCAGCGAGCCCUUCCUCAUCGGGGUCAGCGGCGGCACGGCCAGCGGCAAGUCCUCAGUGUGUUCCAAGAUCGUCCAGCUGCUGGGGCAGAAUGAGGUAGACUACCGCCAGAAGCAGGUGGUGAUCGUGAGCCAAGACAGCUUCUACCGGGUCCUCACCUCGGAGCAGAAAUCCAAAGCGCUCAAAGGCCAGUUCAAUUUUGACCACCCAGAUGCCUUUGACAACGAGCUGAUCGUGAAAACGCUCAAAGAGAUCACGGAAGGGAAGACGGUCCAGAUUCCCGUCUAUGACUUUGUCUCUCACUCCAGGAAAGAGGAGACGGUGACCGUUUACCCCGCCGACGUGGUGCUCUUCGAAGGCAUCCUGGCUUUCUACAGCCAGGAGGUGCGGGAUCUCUUCCGCAUGAAGCUCUUCGUGGACACAGAUGCAGACACCCGGCUGUCCCGCAGAGUGCUACGAGACAUCAGCGAGCGAGGGAGGGACCUCGAGCAAAUCUUAUCUCAGUACAUCACCUUUGUCAAGCCUGCCUUCGAGGAGUUCUGUUUGCCAACCAAGAAGUAUGCCGACGUGAUCAUUCCCAGGGGAGCAGAUAAUGAAGUGGCCAUAAACCUGAUAGUGCAGCACAUCCAGGACAUUCUUAACGGAGGACUCAGCAAACGCCAGAGCAAUGGCUACCUGAACGGCUACACUCCUCCCCGCCAGCGGCAGCCCUCAGAGUCCAGCAGCCGGCCUCACUGACCCCGGGCGGCAGGCAUGAGGCUGGGGACGGAGGGCACUCGGGGCCCUGCCACUGCCCCUCUGUACAUACUGUCCGUUCAUUCCCCCCUUAUCUAUUUAAGAAACCAGACGGAGACGAAUGCCUUUAAUUUUUGUAUGUUGGAAAUGCCGAAAUGAGAAGCAGCCGGCUGCUUGGGAGCCUGGACCGCCCACAGCUCCUGGCCUUGCUCAAUAACUCCUCCAGCACAGAACCGGCUAUAAAUCUCUAUAAAUAUAGAAUUGCUCUAUUUUUGUGUAAA